AUGAAUUAGAGAAUAAUUGUUAGAAAAAGAAGUCCACGUCCAGUAAUACGAUAUCUAAAAUAUUGUCCUAAAAUGACUGUUGCCUCUAUUAUGAAAAUAUAAUAUGUAUAGGGAUAUUCUUCUUCCCCAAAAAUAACCUUAGCUAAUAGUAAUCUUUAUUAAUCCUUUACUUUUCAAUCUAGUCCGUAAUCGUAAAUGAAAAGAUGUAAAAAUAUAUAAUAUUGAAUUAGAUUUGUCUGUAGAAACACAUAGAUCAACCCCGCCUUAAACAAUAAUAAAAUCUUAAUCUCCAAUAGAGAGAAAAUUUAGUUAUCUUUCCUUUUAAAGAACAACAAUAGGAUAAGAAAGCCCUGUUAAAUAAUAAGAAAGUAUUUAUUAGAUAGAAUAUGCUGAUGACACAGUAUAUUAUGGGCAAAUAACUAUUACAAAAAAGCAUGGUAUGGGUGCUAUGUAUGAUAAAAAUAAAAAUCUAAUAUAUAUGGGAUAAUGGAAUGAUGAUAAAUAUCAUGGACUUGGUAUUUUAGUUAAGAAUGGUUAUACUUACAAAGGUGAAUUUAUAAAUGGUGUUCUAGAAGGAUAAGUAAUAGAGGAAGGAAAUGAAAGAAAGUUUUAUGGAUAUUAUAAAAAUGGUUAGAAAAAUGGACCUGGAACAUUAUAUGAGAAUUCAAAAACUAUUAAAGGAAUUUGGAAGAAUGAUAUUUUAGAUUAAGAAUGUUGAU